UUUGAGGGUCAGACUGUGUUCGGACGACCUACCUAGCAAAAUGAAAUUCCUAGUCGCCUUCGCCCUGGCCGUGGCCUGCGUCCACGCUGAUGUGUCCCACGUGGUCCGCUCCGGCGAGCAGGCCGCCGAGGUCAUCAGCUCUGUCUCUGACGUCCGUCCCGACGGCUUCAACUACGCUUACGAGACCAACAACGGCAUCCAGGCUCAGGCUGAAGGUGUUGUGCAGGAUGUGAACUCGGCCGCCGAGGUCGUCAGCUCUGUCUCUGACGUCCGUCCCGACGGCUUCAACUACGCCUACGAGACCAACAACGUCCACGCUGACGUGUCCCACGUGGUCCGCUCCGGCGAGCAGGCCGCCGAGGUCGUCAGCUCUGUCUCUGACGUCCGUCCCGACGGCUUCAACUACGCCUACGAGACCAACAACGGCAUCCAGGCUCAGGCUGAGGGUGUUGUACAGGAUGUGAACUCGGAAUACCCUAAACAAGUAGUCCGAGGAUCGUACAGCUACCGCGGAGAUGAUGGCCAGACCUACCAGGUCAACUACGUCGCUGACGAGAACGGCUUCCAGCCCGAGGGCGCCCACCUCCCCGUACCCCCGGCAAUUCCUGAGGCCAUCGCGCGCUCCAUCGAGUACAUCCGCACCCACGCUCCCCAGGAAUCCGUCCGCGCCGCCGCCCCCGUCGUCUCUGCCCCCGUAGUCUCCGCUGCCCGUGCCGUUGUGGCCCCAGCCCGCGUCGUUGCCACCGCCAGCGCUAGCGCCUUCAGACAACCCAACAAGCAAUUCGGCCGCUUCUAA